AUGUACGUACGUACGAUUAGAGAAAUAGAGAGAGAGAUGUUGGCUUGUUGUAGAAAGUCAUUAUUGUUGAACGCAUCAACAAACACUCGUAGAUUGUAUAGCAGUAGUAGCAGUAGCAGUGGAGGACAUCAUGGAGGUGAUAUGUUCCCAUCAGUCAGAAGAUUGUUGAAAGAGUAUGGUAUUGGUUACAAUGAUGUUAAAGCUACAGGACCACAAGGUCGUGUUGUUAAAGGUGAUGUCCUCAACCAUGUUACAUCAAAGAAUAUUAAACCUGUCGAUUUGAAGAGUAUCAUCAGUACUACUACUUCAUCAUCAACACAAACUAAACCAACAACUACAACUAUAUCAACUACUACAACAACUAAUACUACAGUAGUUAAACCACCAUCAUUUGAAGAUAUCCCACAUAAUAAUAUCAGAAGAGUGAUUGCAACCAAACUAACUAAAUCCAAACAAGAAGUUCCACAUCUCUAUAUGACUGUACAAUGCGAAAUCGAUCAAUUAUUAGAGUUGAGAACAAAGUUGAAUAAUAUGCAAUCAACUAAAUUAUCAGUAAAUGAUUUCAUUAUAAAGGCAUGUGCAUUGGCAUUACGUGAUGUACCAGAGGCAAAUGCAAGAUGGGAUGAAAAUAAAAAGGAGGCAGUUAGAAAUGGUACAGUCGAUGUGUCUGUUGCCGUUGCCACCGAUCGUGGUCUCAUCACACCAAUCGUCACAAAGACUGACAGUAAAUCACUUGGACAAGUGGCCAUUGAAUUAAAGGAUUUGGCAGGUCGUGCUAGAAUUGGAAAAUUAAAGCCAGAAGAGUUCCAAGGUGGUACGUUUAGUGUAUCCAACCUCGGUAUGUUUGGUAUCACUCACUUUAAUGCCAUCAUCAAUCAUCCACAAGCCGGUAUUUUGGCGGUGGGAGCUGGUCGCAAGAUUGUAAAGACUAGCUCGAUCAUUCACGACAUUGACAAUUAUGCACACCCAUCUGUCCCAUCGGGAGUUGUAGAUGUACCCCAAGUAGCAAACGUAAUCGAUGUCACUCUCUCUGGUGAUAACCGUGUCUUUGAUGAUGAAAUUGCUGCCAAGUUUUUGGAAAAGUUCCGUUCCUACGUUUCAAAUCCACAAGCAAUGUUAAUUUAA